CAACCGUGCCACCCAGUGCAGAACAGUGCUAGUGUGUGCAUGAUGAAGGACAUGUCAAUGCUGCAACUUCUACUCUAUGUUUUGUUCCUGACGGUCUUGUCAGCCUGGUCGGCGACUGGCCACGUGGCUGUGCGCGCCCACCUCACACACAUCGACAACGCCCGUGGCUUGAGCAAGCAUGACCUGCUCCACCGGAUGGCCGCUCGGACGAGGGCCCGCGUAGUCAAGCGGUGGUCACCUCCGAGGCCGCGGCCGGGCGGCGGUGCCAAUGACACAGGGGUGAUUGCCUCGGUGUCCCGUGGCACCGUUGGCGACCAGAAUUCCGAUUCCGAGUACCUCAUCCACUUUAGCAUCGGCACGCCGCCGCAGCGGGUGGUGCUGGCUCUCGACACCAGCAGCGACUUCAUCUGGACGCAGUGCGGUUGCAAGUCCUGCUUCAACCAGCCGUUCCUGCCCGUUGACACCUCCGCCUCCACCACCCACGCCGAUGUCUCGUGCUUCGACCGUGUCUGCGCGUGGGGAGGCCUCCCGCUCUCCGGGUGCACCGUCAACGACAACUUCUGCUUCUACGUUCACUCCUAUGGUGACAACUCGUUCACGACGGGCAAGCUCUCUGAGGACACCUUCACCUUCCAGGCGGCAAGUGGGAAGGCCGUCGCCAUGCCCAGCCUCCGAUUUGGCUGUGGCAUGUACAACAUCGGCAAUUUCAAAACAAACGAGUCCGGCAUCGCUGGCUUUGGCCGCGGGAAGAUGUCUCUGCCGUCGCAGCUCAAGGUCCCGAGUUUCUCCUACUGCUUUACGAGCAUGGUAGAGUCCGGGAACAGCCCCAUGUUCUUGGGCACAUAUGGCAACCUUAGAGCGCAAGCCACGGGGCCAACCCAAUCGACCCCGUUCGCCCGAAGCCCCGCGGGUCGGACCAGCUCGCUGUACUACCUUUCGCUCAAAGGCGUCACUGUGGGCAACAGGCGGCUGCCGUUCGACGCGUCCACGUUCGGGCUCAGGCGCGAUGGCUCUGGCGGGACGAUCAUCGACUCCGGUACCGGCAUCACGACAUUUCCGCGGGCCGUGUUCCGGACACUCCGGGAGGCGUUCGUGUCGCAGGUGUCGCUGCCUGUCGCCGACAGGUCCGCCGACGACCCGGAUAGCAUGUUGUGCUUCUCCACCUAUAGCAUCCCGGACAUACCGGAGCUGAUCCUCCACCUGGAGGGCGCAGACUGGCAACUUCCGCGAGAGAACUACGUGCUGGAUUUCGCCGACGACACCACGUGUGUGGUGAUAAAUUCGGGGGGCGACAGCGACGUGACGAUCAUAGGCAACUUCCAGCAGCAGAACAUGCACAUCGCCUACGACCUGGGGAGCAACAAGCUCUUCUUCGCGGCCGCGCGCUGCGACAAGCUGUGAGUCGUGGAUUUAUGUAUGCGUCCACACGUGUACUACUGUGUACACUUCUACGUAUGUAUACCUACAUAUGUAAGUACUGGUUACAUUGCAGGUAAAAAACGGAGCACAAAGGAACAUGUGUUCCGUACGUAGCAGUACUUACUAAAUAAACAAGGGGAGAAACUAUGU